AAGGGUGGCCAUCACGUUAUUUUUAUCGUCUUUCUCUUUGUGGUCAGAAUUGGCACAGGGAAGGACAUCGGACAACUAUAGUUUUGAGUCCCGAGAAUCCCUCGAAGGCUCCACCAAAUCGCUAAGUAACUGGAGUCAACAUUUCCAUCGUCCGUUUCGGUGCGUGGCGGAUCCAUAGCACAGAGGCUUUUUACUGCUUGCUAUAUAUACCAGCGCCUUAUCCCACCUAAUCAUUUACAAGCACACAUCACUAAAAUAAUUUCCCAGUGAAGCUAUCAGCCGGCUCAAGCAUCCUCAAUCCAAGAAGAUUCCCCAAACAUCAGCUCAAAAUGUCUGCGUACACGCCAGAAAUCAGCGGAAAGUUAUACAUUACUACCAAUACCGAUGAUAAAACCACGACAUUACUUGACUCCGCGUCUUUUGUCACGAAGCCAGCAGGCCCCGAUAUUGCAGUAAGCUAUGCUUACUCUGCUGGCCCUACACCCUCAUUCACCAACGACGCCGACUUUAAAGCACGUCAAGAAAUCGUCCAGCAAAAUCAAAUACCCUCCUUUCCAUCCGCCGGUUACAGCAAAGCUGGACUUUGCACUAUCGCACCUAAUCCCAAUGGAGACGAGGGAUUAAUGCAUCGUUCGAAUACACUUGAUUAUGUUUAUAUCACGAGUGGGGAGACAGAGUACGCAACGACCAGCGGAGAGAAAAAGAUCUUGAAGAAGGGAGACGUGAUUAUUCAACGAGCGGGGUGGCAUGCUUGGAAGAACACGAGUAAGACGGAGGAGUUGACCCUUUUUGCUGUUUCAAUUGGUGCUGAGGGUGCAACUGAGGACUUUAUGGAGAUACCAUAGGCAUAGGAUGGAAUUGAGACAAUGUAUAGGAUUACUCCUAUUCAUGGAAAACGAAAAUCAGUUUAUUGU